AUGUCGGAUAAAAAUGAGGACCAGCUACGAAACAUGGUUUCCAGCAUUAUCAACAUGAUAAGAAGUGAUGUUCAGGGACAGAGUACCGGAGCAGGUGCUACUGCAGGCCAGGCGACAGGCCAACAGACUCGUAGGGAGGCAAGGGAGGCACCAUCUUGCUCUGCUACCCAGCAGAACAUGGCCAGAUGUUUUCCAGGUCUUUUCAAAGGAAAAAAAAGAGUCGCAAAGAGGGUAGGGGUAAAAAGAACACCUGUUCCUUUUCUGCUUUUAAGUAAGUCUGCUCAGAAGACACCACCGCUUGCGGAAGAGAUGACUCUUUUGCAAGCUGGAAUGGGGAAGAAGACCGUCCCCAUUCCAGAAGAUGCUACUCAUAAAGAGAUCUCUGAGAUUCUUAUGGAAGCAUUUCCAAGCAUGGAAAAAUUGGAAGGAGGUUGGCUGAUUCACAAGGCAAUGGGAGGAUCUGGCCAGCGUCGCCUGAAUGUAAUUACGCCCGAGGAGGAAGGCUAUAUGGGCAGCAGUUUAGUGAAGGCCUGGGGAGGCAGGGAAUCCUGCUCCAAAAUCCCUCAGACCUCCAAUCAGAUCAUUCAGGUGGAGGAUGAUGAGGUGACCGAUAUUGCUGUGGACACUGGUAUUGUGAGUAAGAUACCAGAUCAAACUGAGGAUUCCUCUCUCACUUCUGUUCAUUGCCCAUUGUGUUGGGAAGAUUUUACAACUGCUGAAAUACAUUUCCAUGCCAGCAUGUGCGAGGGGAAUGAAAAGACACUAAACCCAGAGACCACCUCUCCAUCGAUUGACAGCUUGUCAGACAUUUUGAGGUCUCUUGCUGGUCAAGUUGACCAGAGCAAACUGUUUGUCCUGAACGUGACAAGAGAUCGCCUCUUUGAAAGGGGAUUAAAACAGUGGGUUAGGCAAAAAACGGCUUCUCCAGCAAACCCCUUGCGAAUCAACUUUAUUGGGGAGCAGGGGAUUGAUGAUGGAGCCCUUCGCAGGGAGUUUCUCACAGAAAUGAUGCGAGGUUUGGAGGCACAGCUAUUUGAAGGGAGUGCCACCGGUAAAAACCCUAUCUAUAGCAUCUCAGCAUACCAAGACAGUAAAUUCAAAAUAUGUGGAGAAAUAAUGGCUGUCAGUGUAGUGCAAGGAGGACCAGCACCAAAUUUUUUGAGUCCAUGGUCCUACCGCUUCCUGGCUUGUGGACAAAUGCCAGAAAUCUUAGAGUGUGAUGAGGUCACAGAUGGUGAUAUCAGCAGCUUAAUCCAGAAGGUCCAAGAUGCUGAUGACGACACGUUUGUUACGCUGUUGGAUGCCAUUGUGGCCUGUGGAUACACAGGAAGACUACAGAGGGACUGCAAAGAGAAAAUCGUUAAUGCAAUCCGUCUUCAUUCCCUCACAAGACUUGCGCCGAUGCUUAAACAGAUCCUUGAGGGACUGACAAUCUAUGGUUUCAAUGAACUUUUGCAAAAACACUCAUUUACACUCCAGCCACUCUUCCUUCCAGGAAAUAUUAAACAGGUGGAUUCAGAGUGGUUGCUGCAGAGUCUCCGUCCUCAGUUCAGUGAUGUGGGAUCAGUGAAACGGAAAAAAGAAAUUGAUAUAAUAAACUUCCUGCAGGAUUUGUUACAAAGUCUUGAAGACGAGGAGGUGGAAGAUGAGGACAACGACCAAACUGCUGAGGUCAAGAAGCCUUUGUCAGUGACAAGUCUGUUCCAGUGGAUUUCGGGUCAAGCCCAUGUGCCACUAAUAGAUAGUGAAAGAGGCAUUUGA